AAAAAAUCAAAGCUCAAUAAUGCCGCUAUUUUAGCUACAUAAAAAAGAAAAAUCAGUUUUGGUACUCUUUUAGCGAAAAUGGGAACUCCGAUCUCCGGCGAAUUCGACGAUUGGGAUCGACCUUUUACAGAGGAAGAACUCCAAGAAAUAGAUGCUGCAUUUCAAUCGGCUACAAAGAGACGAAACGAUUCUGAAGAUGUAGCCGCUGCCGGCGAAGAAUCUCGUCGGAAAAGUCGCCGGAGAUUGCCGGAAUCUCUUUUUGUUUAUCAUCAACAAAAUGAAGCUUCCAAUUCGUCGUUGUUGUCACCUUGCUCUAGAAAUCGGUCUCCGUGUAGUUAUUCCUAUCGUUCUUCUAAUCAAGCUAAGUUAGUGAUGCAAUACCCGGAAAUGUCUUUUAAAGGACAAGUUAUAUACAGCAGAACUAUUAAAGAGGUGGAGAAAUCUGCAGUAGAGCUGUUAAAUUUUGUUGAGGAAAAGAAGAGGAAAGAAGGGAAUGUUGCUCUUGGAUUUGACAUUGAAUGGAAGCCCUCUUUUAGAAGAGGUGUUCCACCUGGGAAGGCCGCUGUUAUGCAGAUAUGUGGUGACAAGGGUAAUUGUUAUGUUCUGCAUAUCAUCCACUCUGGAAUCCCUCAAACUCUGCAAUCUCUUCUUGAGGAUCCAACUGUUGUGAAGGUGGGUGUUUGCAUUGCAAAUGAUGCUUACAAAGUUCGCCGAGAUCACAAUGUAUCUGUGAAGGCUUUGGAAGAUCUUUCUGAACUUGCCAACAAAAAGCUUGAUGAUCCUAAGAAGUGGAGUCUAGCAUCACUAACUGAGAAGCUUCUUGCCAAGCAGCUCCCUAAGCCAAGCAAUAUCAGGUUGGGGAAUUGGGAGGCUAAUGUGUUAUCUAGGGACCAACUACAUUAUGCUGCUACAGAUGCCUUUGUUUCCUGGCACUUGUAUCAGGCACUGAAGAGCCUUCCGGAGAUUGUUAAUAACAAAGAGUGAAGACGGGUUCCUUGGCCGGUGAAGGAUCUUGUUACUCUGGUUGCUGAGAAGAAAUGCAGCCUGAACUUCAUUAAUCUAAAGUAAGCUCUACUCGAGCUUUCUCCAUGAAAGCUACUCAUUCACUUGUACUAUGUAGUUAAGUUCCAUGUCUCACAUUGUUGUGCAAUUCCUUGUUACUGAUUCAUAAUCGUAAAACCUCAUGAUAAGUUAAAGCGUUCUAGGUAAUGCUACUGUUGUAAAAUAGAUAAACCCUCUACAUGAUUCUUACAAUGUAAUAGCCCUCGGGGCUUUGUUUCAAUGGUGAGAGUGCAGCCUUGAUGUUUGAA